AUGGUGCGCGGCGCCGCCGUCCUGCCCCACAGCGCCGGCAAGCCCGUGCGCGUCGCCGUCUUCGCGGAGGGCGAGGCCGCCGACGAGGCGCGCGCGGCGGGGGCAGACAUUGUGGGCGGCGACGAGCUGGUUGAGGCUCUGCUUGACUCCAAGGGCAAGAGCAUCGACUUCACGCGGGCCGUGGCGCACCCCAGCAUGAUGAGAUCGCUGGUCAGGCUGGGCAAGAUCCUGGGGCCCAAGGGCCUCAUGCCAAACCCCAAGGUCGGCACCCUGACGCCUGACGUGGCGGCCGCGGUCAGGGACAUGCGGCGGGGGCGCAUCGAGUUCCGUGUCGACCGCACAGCCAUCAUCCACGCGCCCAUCGGCAAGGUCAGCAUGGGCCCCGCCCAGCUGUAUGCCAAUAUGGGCGCCCUCACCACCGCCCUGCUCAAAGCCAAGCCGGAUGCCAUCAAGGGCGGCCUCGCGCAGUACGUGUCCAAGGUUGCGAUCUGCAGCACCAUGGGGAAGGGCUUUGAGGUCGAGGCGAGCAGCCUGCUGGCGGCGGUUGACGCGGCGGCCGAGGCGAUGGCCGCGGGCGCGUGA